CAACAAACUAGUAAACAAUAAAGUAAUUCUGAAAAUAAUUUCUAAACAGAACUGAUCUAAUCAACUCAUCUGUUGAAACCAGUGGAUGGAUAAGAAAGACAGAUACAUAUAAAUUCUAUAAAUAGUCUCAUUUGAAUCAGUGUUUCAUUCUUCUACCUGUAAAUGCUAAUGUAGUCUUCACUUCUUUUAUAUAUAUAGUAUCAAAAAUACACACAAAUUUUUACAUCUCAUUAAGCUAAAAGAAACAAAAAAAUGACUCAAGAAUCAAUCAUUCAAGAUGUUCAUUCUAAAUAUCCUGGAAAACUCACCUUUAGGGUCAUCGUCACUUGUGUUAUGGCAGCAAGUGGUGGAUUAAUCUUUGGUUAUGAUCAUGGUGUUUCAGGUGGAGUGACAUCAAUGGAUUCUUUCUUGAAAAGAUUUUUUCCAUCUGUUUAUGAACAAGAGCAUAAUUUGAAACCUUCUUCAAAUCAAUAUUGUAAAUUCAAUAGUCAGAUAUUGACAUUGUUUACAUCUUCCCUUUAUAUUAGUGCUCUUAUUGCUGGUCUUGCGGCAUCUAGCAUAACAAGAGCUCUUGGUAGGCGCACAACGAUGAUUUUGGGUGGAAUGUUCUUUGUGUCGGGUGCAUUACUUAAUGGAUUAGCCAUGGAUAUCUGGAUGCUUAUUGCUGGAAGGUUGUUGCUUGGUUUUGGCAUUGGAUGUGCCAAUCAGUCAGUUCCGAUCUAUGUGUCAGAGAUGGCACCAUAUAAAUACAGGGGAGGUCUAAACAUGUGCUUCCAAUUGUCGAUUACUAUUGGUAUUUUUUCAGCCAAUCUCUUCAACUACUACUUUUCGAAGAUAUGGAAUGGUGAAGGAUGGAGAUUAAGCUUGGGGCUUGGUGCGGUACCUGCGGUGAUUUUCGUUAUAGGUUCAUUUUGUCUUCCUGAUUCGCCAAACUCACUUGUUGCACGCGGUCAUCAUGACGAGGCAAGAAAGGAACUUGUGAAAAUUCGCGGUACUGAUGAUGUUGACAAUGAGUUCAGAGAUAUUAUUGCUGCUAGUGAAGCCUCUGAUAAAGUGAAGCACCCAUGGAAAACAUUGUUGGAGAGAAAAUAUAGGCCACAACUUUGUUUUGCUAUAUUGAUUCCUUUCUUCCAACAAUUCACUGGAUUGAAUGUGAUCACAUUUUAUGCUCCUAUUUUGUUCAGAACAAUUGGUUUUGGAAGUCAAGCUUCUCUCAUGUCUGCCGCAAUCAUUGGAAGUUUUAAACCCAUUUCCACUUUAGUUUCCAUCUUUGUUGUAGAUAAAUUUGGACGACGUGCGCUUUUCCUUGAGGGUGGUGCUCAGAUGUUGAUUUGUCAGAUUAUCAUGACAAUUGCUAUUGCCGUCACAUUCGGAACAGACGGGAACCCAGGACACCUACCUAAGUGGUAUGCAAUUACCAUCGUAGGUGUAAUCUGUGUAUACGUUUCAGGUUUUGCUUGGUCUUGGGGACCUCUAGGUUGGUUAGUACCUAGCGAAAUUUUUCCACUCGAAAUUCGAUCUGCCUGUCAGAGUAUUACAGUUGGUGUCAAUAUGACUUCCACUUUCUUCAUAGCUCAAUUCUUCACGGAAAUGCUAUGUCACUUCAAGUUUGGUUUGUUCAUCUUCUUCGGAUGUUUUGUGGUCAUCAUGACUACGUUCAUCUACAAAUUUUUGCCCGAAACAAAAGGUAUUCCACUUGAAGAAAUGCAUAUGGUUUGGAGGCAACAUCCCUAUUGGGGAAAGUUUUUGGAAUCAGAAAAUGAUAAGAUACAAACUUCCAAGACAGAAACCAAGGCCUCAAUUUAGUUCUUUGUUUGUAGUACAAAAAAUAUACCACUUGGAAUCUUUGUGCUUUAUGUACUUAAAAGCCAAUUGGAAUUUGAUGUCAUCAAAUCAAUAAGAUGUAGGAAAUAGAAUCAAGUUACAUUUAAUGUCAGUUUUUUUUUUUUUACAAUGUGAAGUAGUAGUCUUGCAUUUUCAGA